AAAAUAAUUUUUGAGUUGAAAUUUAAAUCUAUUUCAUUUUGAUCUAAAAAAAAAUGUCUGAAUAUUUUUUGUUCAAAUUUCAAUCAAAUUUAAAAAUGAUCAAAUACAAUCCGCGUGUCAUUUAAAAGAAUUAUAAAUUAACAUUCCGGUGCUCCAUUUAAAGAGCGUUGUAACGAGAGAAAACUUUCUUGGAAAUAUUAACGAAGGAUUUCCUGAAGAAUUAGACAGAUGAGAAGUGAUAAAUAUUUGCAGUUUCUCUGCUGUUUAAGUUUAAGGUUUCAACUUUGAAUCUAAAAAUUAUACUAAUAACUUCGAAUGGAAAUUCAAUGCGAAAACUAUUUAUAUCUGACAUUAACUGAUGAUUCAGGUUCUUGUAAAUGUUUAUGGAUGUAGAAGAUUAUCGAUGAAUAGUUUUAUGGUCAAUUUCUGAAAUCAAAUAUGUGAACUGAUGAUGUCAUUCUUGUACGGUCAAUGGGGCAAAAAUCUGAAAAAAGUUGUGACGUCAGCUAAAUUUGGAAGCAGUUUUGAAAAGGGGGAUUAUUUAGGUCAAUAUGUUGAUACAAGGAAUAUUGUUGCAAGUUAUUACUUUUGCAUUGCUUUUGUGUAUAACAUCAUCUCAUCCAGCGAUUCAAAAAGAUUCAACGAAUCUACAGUCAAUUGAAUAUUCAACAGAUAGAAAAAGACCAACACUGCCUGAUGCAGCGGCUACAAUUGAACAAGUUCAAAAAAUUCUUCAAGCUGAUCCAUCUUUACCAAGGUUGACAAAGGGUGAAAUUCAAGACUUAUUUGAACAGGUCACUAGAGAAGAAUACGAAAAAAGCGUUCAGCUUGGUGAUGCUCAGCGUGCUGACAACAUGCGUGCUCUAAUGCUAGUACUACCAUUCAAUACCGAAAAUACAACAGAUGAAGUUUUACAAGAACUCUAUACAAGGCCACCAAUUACAAAAGUAAUUGAUACUUACUCAUCUCCACAGCCACAAACAUUUCAAUCAUCAGCAUCUACAACUUCUGGCAAGGUUGAAAUAGUCGAAAUCGGAAACUUAGCUGCUACCACUUACAAACCCUAUUUUCGCCUAAAAGAAAAAACCAACGCCAAGCCAACAACAUAUCAUCCUCCUAAACCCAUCUUUAAAUCUCAAGAACCACCAGUUUUUCAUCAAUUGCCUAAUACAGAAGUUCCAGUAACGAGUUUGCCUCUGCUUCCUGACAUUGAAGAGGAAGAAAAGAAAGCAACACGCUACAGUAGUUCUUACAAUGCAAAAGAUCCAGAUUGGUCAUUAUUAGAAGGAGAAUUUACCAACCGCAUAAACUUUAACCAAAAAUUCACACCAAUGCCAGAUCUUGCAGGGAUAUUCAAAACUAUGGGCUUAGAUCAGACUCCAAAACGAUUUAAAGUAAAUGAGUAUCAAAAAGUUGCCAAACCUUCAAUAUCAAGCAGCAUUCAACAGUCGAGUCUUGGAAACAUAGAUAUUACUGACUUUACUCGAUCACUGCCACCUCGUCCACACUUAGAAGCUUACAGUGAAUUUAAGCCACUUAAUAUAGGUGAAGAAAUUCGUAUUAAACCAGACGUUGAAGACUAUUUGAAUCGUUUUGGCAUCGUCAAUAGGAAACGCAAGCAAAUUAAACCAGAAGAUGCUGGUUUAAAAAAUGAUAAUAAAGCAGUAAAAGUUAAAGAACAAGCAAUUAGAAGAAUUGAUACUGACGUAAUUGAGCCUGAGCCUAGCAAAAAUACUGACGACCAGCUUAGUAAGCUGUUAAGCAAUCUACAGGAGUUGGAACGUUUAAAUGUUAGCCUUUCUUCUAAUAUGCUAAAACCCGCUCAACCUUCAAAUUCGAGUAGUCAAAUUCUGGGUCAAGGCCCCGAUCCUAUUACAGCUGAUGAAGAAUCAAGAAAAAAUGACUCAAAACGUCAAAGUUCCAGUGAACAAGCAGCGUCAGAAUCAGAUUCUAAGACCGAAUCAACAGAACCAGAUAACGUUGAGAAUGAUUCAGAAACCACUUCAACAACUUCAAGCACCCAAGAUGAAGAAAAAUCUUCAGCAAACGAACCACAAAAUGGAUCAUUGGCUGACUUAGAAGAUUCAUUUGGAGGUCCAGAUCCCGUUACAGAAGAUCCAUCACCGCCACCAAAAAAGAACGGAUUCUAUUUCCUAGCUGAUUGGAAUUCAUUCUUAGAAGUUGGAGAAGCUGGCAACGAUCAAGUUGUAGUUAGAUUUGAUCCAAAGAUUGGUGACCCAAGACGAUUUUUGAAAGUGACGGUUCCCUAGGCAUAUUUAUGUAGACAAAAAUAAUUAUUGGAACAUUGAUUGUACCUUAUUUGUAAAUAAUUCGACCACUUUCUAGUUGCAUAAGGUAAAUAGAGUUAGGAUGGAAUUCAGAGUCGUCAUUCAAGCUGAGAAGUAUCUGGCUCUAGCGAAAUCUUUAUUCAAAAAUCGAGUUAGAAGUUAAAGGAAAGGCUUAUUUCUACAAAAAUCAAAUAACAAA